AUGGGCUUUCAUGGCUGGCUCAACAAUGAAACUAGAGAAAAUAGCAGGUCUUGUAAAUUCUGCUCAGAACCUGCUGGUUACUGUGAUUUUGCAGAGGCCCCAUUUGGGGAGAGGAAGAGGUUGGUUGACAUUAGAAACUCAGUGAAGGAAGUUGAGAACAUGUUCAUGGUUUUACAGAGAAUGGGUUCUUGGCAGCGGAUGGACAGGCAUGCGGCCUUCACCAAUUUGGAAGAAAGCAGAGUAAAUCUAUCAGCAAAGGUGGCAGAACAUAAAGGAAGGGCACUUGAUGUGGUGACAGAAUUGAAAGCAUGUUUUGGCAACGAAAACAAUGUCCCUUUCAAUUGGGAUUUUAAAGAGAGAUUGAAAGAAAAAGCUGAACCUGCUGCUCACAGCAGAAGGCUUCUCACUGAUUGCAUUAGAAAGUUGUUCAUCUCAAGGAAGUGGCAGAGAGUUGGUUUUGCUGUGAAACUGGUCAUGGUGUCUGCUAGCAUUUUCUCUCUAAUGGCAGCUUAUCAUACCAGGCAAUUACUAUACAACAGCUCUAGAAAAUUGAUCCCAUUUGUUGUUUCCAAAGACGCAGGAAAAUUUGCCAGUCUACUAACCAUCUCAAAGAGCCCUCUUGAUGUCUUUUGUGGCAGGGGAUGA